AUGUAUAUCCUGGUUCCAAAAUACCAACACCAGGACAACCAUCAGGAACAACAACACCAGGACAACCAUCAGGAACAACAACACCAGGACAACCAUCAGGAACAACAGUACAAGGACCUGGACAACCAUCAGGUAGACCUGGACAACCAUCAGGUACAACAGUACAAGGACCUGGACAAACAUCGGGUACAACUGGAGGUGGAACUGGACAACCAUCAGGUACAACUGGAGGUGGAUCUGGACAACCAUCAGGUACAACUGGAGGUGGAUCUGGACAACCAUCAGGUACAACAGUACAAGGACCUGGACAACCAUCCGGUACAACUGGAGGUGGAUCUGGACAACCAUCAGGUACAACAGUACAAGGACCUGGACAACCAUCCGGUACAACUGGAGGUGGAUCUGGACAACCAUCAGGUACAACAGUACAAGGACCUGGACAACCACCCGGUACAACUGGAGGUGGAUCUGGACAACCAUCCGGUACAACUGGAGGUGGAUCUGGACAACCAUCAGGUACAACAGUACAAGGACCUGGACAACCAUCAGGUACAACUGGAGGUGGAUCUGGACAACCAUCAGUUACAACAGUACAAGGACCUGGACAACCAUCCGGUACAACUGGAGGUGGAUCUGGACAACCAUCCGGUACAACUGGAGGUGGAUCUGGACAACCAUCAGGUACAACUGGAGGUGGAUCUGGACAACCAUCAGGUACAACAGUACAAGGACCUGGACAACCAUCCGGUACAACUGGAGGUGGAUCUGGACAACCAUCAGGUACAACAGUACAAGGACCUGGACAACCAUCCGGUACAACUGGAGGUGGAUCUGGACAACCAUCAGGUACAACAGUACAAGGACCUGGACAACCAUCCGGUACAACUGGAGGUGGAUCUGGACAACCAUCAGGUACAACUGGAGGUGGAUCUGGACAACCAUCAGGUACAACAGUACAAGGACCUGGACAACCAUCCGGUACAACUGGAGGUGGAUCUGGACAACCAUCUGGUACAACAGUACAAGGACCUGGACAACCAUCCGGUACAACUGGAGGUGGAUCUGGACAACCAUCAGGUACAACUGGAGGUGGAUCUGGACAACCAUCAGGUACAACAGUACAAGGACCUGGACAACCAUCCGGUACAACUGGAGGUGGAUCUGGACAACCAUCAGGUACAACAGUACAAGGACCUGGACAACCAUCCGGUACAACUGGAGGUGGAUCUGGACAACCAUCCGGUACAACUGGAGGUGGAUCUGGACAACCAUCAGGUACAACUGGAGGUGGAUCUGGACAACCAUCAGGUACAACAGCACAAGGACCUGGACAACCAUCCGGUACAACUGGAGGUGGAUCUGGACAACCAUCAGGUACAACAGUACAAGGACCUGGACAACCAUCCGGUACAACUGGAGGUGGAUCUGGACAACCAUCCGGUACAACUGGAGGUGGAUCUGGACAACCAUCAGGUACAACUGGAGGUGGAUCUGGACAACCAUCAGGUACAACAGUACAAGGACCUGGACAACCAUCCGGUACAACUGGAGGUGGAUCUGGACAACCAUCAGGUACAACAGUACAAGGACCUGGACAACCAUCCGGUACAACUGGAGGUGGAUCUGGACAACCAUCAGGUACAACUGGAGGUGGAUCUGGACAACCAUCAGGUACAACAGUACAAGGACCUGGACAACCAUCAGGUACAACUGGAGGUGGAUCUGGACAACCAUCAGGUACAACAGUACAAGGACCUGGACAACCAUCCGGUACAACUAGAGGUGGAUCUGGACAACCAUCAGGUACAACUGGAGGUGGAUCUGGACAACCGUCCGGUACAACUGGAGGUGGAUCUGGACAACCAUCAGGUACAACUGGAGGUGGAUCUGGACAACCGUCCGGUACAACUGGAGGUGGAUCUGGACAACCAUCAGGUACAACUGGAGGUGGAUCUGGACAACCAUCAGGUACAACAGCACAAGGACCUGGACAACCAUCAGGUACAACUAGAGGUGGAUCUGGACAACCAUCAGGUACAACUGGAGGUGGAUCUGGACAACCGUCCGGUACAACUGGAGGUGGAUCUGGACAACCAUCAGGUACAACUGGAGGUGGAUCUGGACAACCAUCAGGUACAACAGUACAAGGACCUGGACAACCAUCCGGUACAACUGGAGGUGGAUCUGGACAACCAUCCGGUACAACUGGAGGUGGAUCUGGACAACCAUCAGGUACAACUGGAGGUGGAUCUGGACAACCAUCAGGUACAACAGUACAAGGACCUGGACAACCAUCCGGUACAACUGGAGGUGGAUCUGGACAACCAUCAGGUACAACUGGAGGUGGAUCUGGACAACCAUCAGGUACAACAGUACAAGGACCUGGACAACCAUCAGGUACAACUGGAGGUGGAUCUGGACAACCAUCAGGUACAACAGUACAAGGACCUGGACAACCAUCAGGUACAACUGGAGGUGGAUCUGGACAACCAUCAGGUACAACAGUACAAGGACCUGGACAACCAUCCGGUACAACUAGAGGUGGAUCUGGACAACCAUCAGGUACAACAGUACAAGGACCUGGACAACCAUCCGGUACAACUGGAGGUGGAUCUGGACAACCAUCCGGUACAACUGGAGGUGGAUCUGGACAACCAUCAGGUACAACUGGAGGUGGAUCUGGACAACCAUCAGGUACAACAGUACAAGGACCUGGACAACCAUCCGGUACAACUGGAGGUGGAUCUGGACAACCAUCAGGUACAACAGUACAAGGACCUGGACAACCAUCUGGUACAACUGGAGGUGGAUCUGGACAACCAUCAGGUACAACUGGAGGUGGAUCUGGACAACCAUCAGGUACAACAGUACAAGGACCUGGACAACCAUCUGGUACAACUGGAGGUGGAUCUGGACAACCAUCCGGUACAACAGUACAAGGACCUGGACAACCAUCCGGUACAACUGGAGGUGGAUCUGGACAACCAUCAGGUACAACUGGAAGUGGAUCUGGACAACCAUCAGGGUUUUGAAUACCAGGAGGUACCUGACCAGUGUUGUGGCACGUGUGUCCAGAAGAGCUGUGUCUUCAUCGCUCUUGACAAAUCAAGACAUGUAAUCGAGGGCACGGAGACAACUGACCUCAGCACUGUGCGCGGAGACUGUGAAAUCCACAGUAAGCAGGAGAUCAUCAAGGUGAACAACUGUGAGAGCAUGAAGCCAGUCAACAUGACAUACUGUGCUGGACACUGUGGAAGCAUGUCCAUGUAUUCUGCUGCAGCUAACGCCAUGAUGCAUCAGUGUGAGUGUUGCCAAGAAGACAAAACCAGUGAGGGAGAGGUGGAACUCGAAUGUGACGAUGGCACCACGGUCCCGCACAAAUACACCAUGGUGGAGAGCUGUCUGUGCAACAGAGCAGUGUGUGUAGGAGGAACAACCAUUGUUCCAGCGAAGCGCCGCAGGAGGCGUUGA